AACAUGACUAGAAAACUUAUAUAAUCAGAGGUAAUCAUAAAACCCUGUCACUUGUCCAUUCGUGAUUUUUCGUCUUCAAGAGGAUGGAGACGGCAGGCACAGUAAGUUUGGAGACUGAUUUUUGUAGUAGAUGGUUCAUGAAGGCCUGUGAUGCUAUGACGAAUUCUCAAUUUUUAGUCAAACAUCUCUCCAACAACCAGUAAAUAGGCAAUAAGCUACACACAAUGCAUUAGAAAUAAUGCUAAACAAUCCAUAAGCAAAUGUAUAUAAGAUAUAUAGUUCGCUUAACAAGAUCCUUAGAGAGCUAGUGUUGUAUGUAUUGUGUAUUUUAUUACAUGGAGCCAACACUGGCUGUGCACUGUUUAUUGAUAGGGCGCCUUAUACCUGCUUUACCCAUAGUGGGGGUCAUAUUGACACCACAGGCUUUUUUUAAAUGAUAUGCCUGCUGGUUGCUAGUGUUGCCAUCAGAAAAAAAAGCAUUUGACACUUUUUGUUUUUAUUGACUUUAUAUAAUAAAUAUAAUUUUUUUUAAACGGUCAAUAUCUCCUGCUAUGCAAAUAGUUCUGUACAAAUAUAUGUUAUGAAGAUGUAGAGAUUGAAGUACUUGAACGUCAAAAAAGAAAAACAGUAAACAGAGAAAGAUUAGUGAUUUGUUUGGAUACUUUUUCAAGAGCUUGAAUGUGUUGAAGUAAAUGACUAAACUUUCUGAGCUGUUCUUCAAAAUGCAAAAUUAGGCAUUAAUGGGUAUUGUCCAACAGAGGCAAUAAGUAUGGGCUAGUUUAUGAUCUAACUUCUUGUUAAACAAAUUUGAGGAAAGUGAGAUAUAAGAAAGUGUUAAAAAUAGUCAUUCAUAACUACAAAUAUUACCUCAGAUCAUGAAAACCUCCUUACUAGGCUUGCUCACUGUGAUAAAACUCAGUUCUCUGAUAAAUUCAGGUGAAAAUUUAGUUUUUAAAUUUGUAUUAUUUGAUCGAAUUUUAGCGAUGCUGCAGUUUGGCUUAUCUGAAUAUUGGCCAACUCCAACCGAAUAGCAUGGUAUUUUAUCGUCUUGAUUCCAAAAUAUCAGUCACAUUCUCCUUGGAUCAAUAAACUGUGACACACAAUAUCAUAUAUCGUAUAUCAUAUAUAAGAUCCUUGAAUAUUCUGUUUUUGCAAAAAUAAACACUGCAAUCUUACUUUGCAGCUAUGUAACUUAUGCAUGUGGGAGAAUCUUAAUAUAACACAUUUCUGUUGCAUCAGUGGCGUACAUACCACGGUCGCAGGGGUCGCAGCUGUGACUGGGCCCGUCACUCCAGGGGGCCCGGCCUCCCUGUGGACCCCCAUGACCGGGUACCAUCUGCCACGUUUUACGGCUGCGGUGCGCGUGGCAAGCCGCCGGGACCGCAUGUUAAGGGGUCCAUCGGGUGGCCCAUGGAUCAGUUUCGCACCGGGGCCCAAUGGAUUGUGUGUACGCUACUGUGUUGCAUAAUGAAUAUUUACAUCAUGAUUUCUUAUGCUUUAUUUAAAGGUCAUCAAAUGCAGGGCAGCUGUUACCUGGUGUGUUAAUGAACCAUUCUCAAUUGAGGUGGUGGAAGUGGCACCCCCAAAAGCCCAUGAGAUACGAAUUAAGGUAAACAAAUAAGAUCUUCAUUAAAUUUAAAAAUAAAAAAUCUGGUCUACCUAAGCUACAUAUCUACACAUGUACAUAGAAGGUGCACUUUUAGAGACUAAUCUUAAUACAAUUGUUUUCAAGUGGCCAAAAUUGUUUUACGGUAGCCCAAAUUAAAUUUCAAUGCCUGACAAAACAUAAAUGUUCCCUUUUUUUAAACUUUUUUAUAUACGCCAUUAUUAUUAUUUUAUUAUUAUUUUAUUAUUUAUAUAGCGCCAUCACAUUCCGUAGUGCUGUACACUGGGUGGACUAACAGACAUGUAAUUUUUACCAGACAAUUGGACGUACGGGAACAGAGAGGUGGAGGGCCCUGCUCAAUGAGCUUACAUUCUAGAGUGAGUGUGGUAUAGUGACACAAAGGGUAAAAGUAGGGGUAAGAAGUAGGUUGUUAGAAAAGUAUUCAUUGAGGGCUUAGUAGGUAAUUUUUGACAGUUGCAGGAGAGGAGUUAUGGGGGUGGAGGAUAAAAACCUGCUUACAGUUUAACUGAAAUGCUUUCUUGAAGAAGUGAGUUUUCAAUGAUUUUUUGAAUGAGUGGAGACUGGGUGAAAAUCUUACAGAGAAGGGAAGGGCGUUCCACCGAAGAGGUACAGCCCUGGAGAAAUCUUGGAGGCGAGCAUUAGAGGUGGGAGUACAGACAGAGGAUAGACGUAGGUCUUUGGCAGAGCGUAGGGGCCUCGACGGGACAUACUUGUGUAUUAGGGAGGAUAGGUAGGUUGGAGCAGCAUUAUGUAGGGACUUGUAAGCAAUCACCAGAAUUUUAAAUUGAGCCCUAUAUUUAACUGGAAGCCAGUGCAGGGACUGACAGAGCGGGGAAGCGUGGGAGGUGUGAGCGGACAGGAAAAUGAGCCUCACCAUUGCAUUCAUUAUAGAUUGCAGCAGUGCAAUCUGGGAACACGUAAGACCACUGAGAAGGGUAUUGCAGAAGUCAAGGCGAGAGAGAACAAGAGCAUGGACCAGCACCUUAGCCGCAUCUGGGGUUAAAUAGGGGCGAAUGCGUGCUAUGUUUUUGAGAUGGAAGCGACAGGAUUUGAUGAUUGAUUGGAUAUGAGGGGUGAAGGAGAGGUUGGAGUCAAAAAGAACACCCAGGCAGCGAGCCUGUGAGGUAGAGGUGAUGGUAGCACCGUGCCUGUGAGCCUGUGAGGUAGAGGUGAUGGUAGCACCGUUGACUUGGAGGGAGACAGACACAGGAGUAGUAACACAUGAGGGAGGAAAGACCUGAAGUUCUGUUUUGGACAGGUUGAGUUUAAGGAAGUAAGCAGCCAUCCAGUUGGAGAUCGAAGAGAGGCAGUCAGAGACACGAGUCAAGAUGGGUGGAGAGAGAUCAGGAGAGGACAGGUAGAAUUGAUUGUCAUCCGCAUAGAAAUAAUAACGGAAGCCAAAGGAGCUGAUGAAUUUCCCAAGGGAGGCAGUAUAGAUAGAGAACAGUAGGGGACCAAGGAGAGAACCUUGGGGGACGACAACAGAGAGUGGUUGGGGGGAAGAGACAGAGUCAGAGAAAGAAACAAUGAAAGAGUGCUGGGAGAGGUAGGAGGAGCACCAGGAGAGAGCAGUAUCCCGUAGACCAAAAUUACAGAGAAUGCGAAGAAGCUGUUGAUGAUCAACAGUGUCAAAGGCAGCAGAAACAUCAAGGAGAAUUAGGAUAGAGUAAUGGCCGCGAGAUUUAGCAGUGAUUAAAUCGUUGGAUAAUUUGGUCACAGCCGUUUCGACAGACUAACCAGCGUGGACUCCAGACUGAAGGGGGUCAAGCAGAGAGUAGGAUUCGAAAAAGUCAGUCAGUCUGAUGUACACAACUCUCUCGAGGAUCUUGGAGGCAAAUGGCAAUAGCGAGAUAAGGCGGUAGUUGGAUGGGGAGUUGGGGUCAAGGCUGGGCCCUUUCAGAAUUGGGGUUACAGUUGCAUGUUUGAAGGAAGAGGAAAAUGUGCCAGAGAAGAGGGAGAGAUUGAAGAUUUUAGUGAGAGGAAGAGCAAGAGAGGGAGACAAAGUGCGGAUGAGAGGUGGUGGGGUGGGAGGACCGGAGCAGAGCACGAACCUCUUCUGCUGUAGCAGGUGCAAAUGAGUGUAGAAUGGUGGAGGGAGUGGGGUUGGGUGAUGUAUUGGUAGGGGAAGGAGAGAGAUUAGCGAUCUCUUCUCUGAUUGUAGAGAUCUUCACAGUGAAGUGUGAUGCAAAGUUUGUGGCGGAGAAGGUGGUAGAAGGAGUGGGAGUAAAAGGGCGAAGAAGAGCAUCAAAAGUGUGAAAUAGGUGUUUAGGUUGCUGGGACAGUGUAUUUAUGAGGGUGUUAAAGUAGUAUACUUUUGCAGCGGAGAGAGCCAGGCUGUAUGAGCGUAGCAUAAAUUUAUAGUGGAGGAAGUCAAAUGCAAAGUGAGACUUUCUCCAGCAGCGUUCAGCAGUUCCACAACAUUUUUGGAGGUAACGGGUGAGCUUGGUGUGCCAUGCUUUUAAUUGGGGGCACUUGCUGCGUGUAAUUGCGAGAGGUGCCAUGAUGUUGGAAUGAUGUCCCUGUAUUAUAUUCUCUUUAGUUGCAAUUUAGUUCAAAAUUAUUUCUUAGAUUUUUAAGUGCAAACUUGACAUACUUAUCACUUACCCCAUGUCUUGGAUUUUAGUUGAUAGUCUUAAUUUCAGGCCCCUUUGGUGAGUGAGUCACUAUACACGAUCUGACUGCAUGAAAUAAAAAAAAUAAAUCAAACAGGGUUAUUCACUAAAGUGAGAACUGUCAGGAUCUCUAAGUAACUACCAAAUUUAAGGCCAAAAAAUUUGCAUUGGAAUCAUAGCUGACUUUUUUUCAGUGCUGCUAUUUCGAUCUUAAGUUAUACAUUUAUUUUGCAAUUCCAAAUUUAAGGUCAAAAUAGCUGAUCUAAAAAGAAAUUUCAAGGCCACUAUGCUUUCACGCUAUUUUGGCCUUAAAUUCUGAAAUAAGCUAUUACAGGCAGAUGGGCUACUUCAUGAAUAGAGCACUAUCCAUGUCGUUGUUGGGAAACAAAAAUACUGGUAAUUCACACUUUAGUUCAUAACCGUGAGAGGGGCUGUGACAUAAUAAAAUGAUACUGAAAGCUGCUGCUGGCAUUUUAAUAAAGCCCUUAACUGGUAUUUGCAAGUAGUCAUACAUUUUCUUUUACUUAAGCUUCUCCUUUGCAAUAUCUGUUUGAAGAGAGGAUUGGAUUUAAAUAAAGUAUAUCUAAUCUGCACAAUGGCAAUGUAGCUUUAAAAAACUGCUUUUUUUCAUAUCUAAUUAUAGAAAGUGGUGUUAAUCAAUAUCCCCAAAACAAAUAUCUUUGAAUGCAUUGGAUUACCUGCAGUUAGUAUGCAAGGCCCUUUGGGAUGCAAAAAGCGGUGAAACCAAUCUAAAAAAUAAUAUUCUAUAUAUUCCUUCAUUUAGAUGGUAUAUACAGGAAUAUGUGGCUCUGAUGAUAAUGCAGUUUAUGGAAAAUUUAAAGACAUGCAGUUUCCAAUCAUUCUUGGUCAUGAAGGAGUUGGUAUUGUAGAGAGCAUUGGUGGUGGAGUAAAAGGAUUUAAACCAGGUAAGACGGCCCUUUCACAACUAUCAAACCUGUAUCAAUGCAUUUUGUACAGAUUGAAAAUCAAAUAUUUAGAUGUCUGCCAGAUUAUGAAAUUAAAGAUUCUGGACAAUUAGCAUUUUGGGGCAUGAUUCUUUUUAUUACUUCUUAUUGGGCUAGCCAAAUAAACAACAUAAAUUAAUAAUAAACUACCUACCCACCCAAAUACAUGUACCAUUACCCCAUCAAAUGGAACAUCAGGACAUUUUACAAUUAUUCACUAAAAGAAAAUGUGUCUACAUUAUGAUUUAUGGACAACUGGGAGGAGUAUAAAAAUAAGGGAAGGGCUCAAGGAUUUAUGUUUAAGGGAAGGAAAGUCAGAAGAAAUUACAUUUUUUCUGAAAGGGGGUGGACCCAUUUAUUUUCUUCCUUUUCAAUGUGCAUAAUAUAAUUCCCUCCUCGAUAGGGUUUUUUAAGCACUUUUAUCCCAAGUAAGGUUAAACCUCUGGGAUCCAUAUUAUGGCAUACCUCUACUGAAAAUUUUUAGGGACUUUUAAUCUAGCAAUUUUUGCUUUUAUAUUUAUUGUAUUUAUGUGGAAAUAAAGAUUUUUUGAAGAUUGGAAUCUUUUGGCUGCCUAAUCUUCUGUAUCAUUGGUCCACCCUUCAGUUGGAUGCUGUAGGGUGGUGGAGAGGAGCAUCUAUAGCUUGAGUAGGCUUAUCUGCUUUGCACUUUGAGGUGUGAUACACUUGACAUUGGUAUUACACGUGUUUGCAAUUUUUUAUCACUUAUUAUGUAUUUUGCACUUUGGAUUGCAGUUGCACUUUAAGAAUUUGUGCACUUUGAGUUUAUUGUGCAAUUUUUGUAUUAGUUUUUACACUACACUUAUAAUAUUUUGUUGAGACAAAGCACACCUAUUUGUAUGUAUCUAAAAAGACAAGAUCUUAUCCAAUAUGUACUUAUAACAGUUAUAUGAUAUAUGAAAUUAUACAUUUGCACAAUUAGUAUGGGUAUGGGGGAGGGUAGGGUUGGUUGUUUCUUAUUUUUAUAUUACGUACUCUUUUAAGAAAGAAAGGUUUUUCAUCAUUUAUUGCAAGGAAACAUCUUCUGUAUUUAAUGCCAUUUAGCAGAUGUUUCAGCUUUUUAAUUUUACAUAUAUAUGGCUGAGCUCCCCAAUGGAUGAAUAUCUUUCCUUGUUUGCAGUGCAACUUUAGUUUAGUUUUUUUCUGCUGUCAUUAGUUAAUUGUUAUGUGUUUAAAUGGACACUGUAUUGCAUUCAGCCUUUUAUAAAGUGUGAGAAUGCACAAAGCUUGUUAGGCUGUCAGUGCCCAUACUAUUUAUACAGUUUUUUUUCUUUAUUUUUCGUUGUGUUUUUUGGCUGUAUGCACAUCUCUUUUAAUAUGAUUUAAAUAAACAUGAUGGCUUUACGAGAAUUAUUAUGAUGUUGGCCUUGUAUAGCUAACUGGAGGCUCUGGCGCAUCCCCUUUGACAUGCCUAGACUUAGCGACAAUUACAGCCAGGAAACUUGGAAAAUCUCCUACCACUUGAAUAUGUUAGGAUGAGAAAUCUGGUAGUAGUGCAUUGGGCAUUCACUUGCUCUGUUGGAAUCAGAUUUGGGAUUGGUCUGAUAACCUCAUUAUUUAUAGCUAUAAAUCUCCCUCCUCCCGCCAAAGUUAUAGGGGAUGGUUGAAAGGGAGAGAGGAUAUUGCCUUAGGCAUGCACAUAAACGACAAGCUACACUGGCAAAUCAACUAAUCAUGCUGUGUUUAUAGAUCUGUAUAAUUAAUGUCCCUCAGGCAAACAUCUGUCACGGGUUUGAGGUGAAUGGGCUUGGUAUGCAGAGAUUUUAUAAGGACACAGUCAUUGAAUUAAAGGUUUUAUUUUGAAAACAAAUACAAAUAAUGCAAAAGAUCCAAUGCAAGUAUAAACAGUAAAGGUGGAGUUCUUACCACUGUCUGUUAAACUUCCUGACCACCUAGACGAAUGACGUUCGGGAGAUAUGAUCUACCGACUGGGAGGAGCAUUCGCUCCCUAAAAGCGUUCGUCGGUGUUCGCACAGGAACCCCCAAAAGUCGACCGGCCAUCUGGAACUGUUUUGGGCUAUCACCUCGUGGCUGGACGGUCAGAACUUUACACGAGUAGCAAUUUCGUUCUACAAAACCGAUCUGAGUGCUUUCUGGAUAUGUUGGGUGCUCAGAUCAGAGUUAUUCUGGGAUAUAUUUUCUGUGGGGUUCCUGUACUGUUUUCAUUUAUUAUUGGGGUAUUGGAAAAAUAUUGCAUAAGUUUCUGUAUUUGAGAGAUAAUUGAGUUAUCCUAAUUACAACACAAUUAUCUCUCAAACACAAAGGCUCCUGGGAAGAAACCCUUGUAUUCUAGAUGUGUAUACCCCAUGCUAGGGGCCACUGCAUAAAAGCCAUGUGUGGCAGAAUAAAGUUCAGUCGUACUCCCAGAACUGUGUGUAGUCCAUUUACUGUUGAGGUGGGCUAUUCACUUGGCAAGUUUCUUGUUCUUGAGUUCAAUUAUUGAUGAUCCAGCGGAGGAAAAUCCCAAUCAGGACUAGGGCUCAGCUAUAGAAGGCUCCUCUGGGUAAUUAGGUGUCCACACCUCCCUAUGUGGGUAGGAUGCUAUAUCCGUUUGUUAACUGAAAGCCACUGUUCCCCACACCGCUUCCAGGAAAACCUAUUUGGGUUCCCCAGGGUUCUGAUAGCCUGUGGGGAUCCUGGGGCAGUGUGUGGAGUACAUGGCAUACAUGCCACCUAGUCUGUCGCCAGAGGGAAGGUACGCUUGCAGAUGGACAGAGUUUGUGUCCCUUCCCCUGCAUGCCGCAACCCACUUGGUGCGUCUGCGGGGCCCAGGGUGACUGCAGAGGCAGCGGCGCCUUGUGCCAAUGGCAUGCCUCCGAGGAGUUGAGAAGACAGCCGGCCACCGAGAGGUAGGUGAAGCACAUUCCUCACUCCCAGGACGCCAAGAAACACGUGGCAUCUGGUGUGCCGUGACAACACCUCUUUUAAUUACAUGACAUGCAAUCUACAUUCCAUAACUAGAGUUAGUGUCUCAGAAAAUCUUUUCAUGAAUUGUGGUAGACUGGUUCAUGAUCCAAUUAUUUUUUUCUAUCUUUAGGUGACAAGGUCAUUCCACUUUUUGCACCUCAAUGUGGACAGUGCCGAUGCUGCAAAGAUCCAAGGACCAAUAUCUGCACUACAGCUCGGUUAGUACUAUCUCUUAAUAACCCUUCAGAUACUUUCCCAGCCAGAAAUUAAGCUUACAGGCUUAUUAUUUCCAGGCAGAGAUUUUGGACCCUUUUUUGAGUAUAGGAACUACAUCUGACUUUCUCCAAUCCUCUGGUACAAUUUCUGAAAGUGAAGAUUAAAAAGAGGUUUGCUUAUUGCAGACUUAGCUCCCUAGAUACUCGUGUUUGAAUACCAUCUGGCCCUGGGGUUUUGUUGACAUUAACUUUCUUUAGUUGCUGCAGCACCUUGUCUUGAGCCAUCAAAUCACAAUUUUCUGUAAGUUUUUGCAGCAAUUAUUUUAUUUUAUGAUAUGAUACAUACUGAUGAAAAAUAUGUUUUUUUUUAAAUUGCUGCCUUUCCCUGGUUUUCAUUUUACUAACCCAUACUUUCAUUCUUGUUUUUAUUUUUUAUUUUUAGAAUAUAUGCACUUAAACUUUUGUCUAGCACUCUUUCACCAUCUCUUUUUCAUAUUCUAGUUUAGCCCAUCUAGUCACCUUUAUACAGGUAUGAUUUACUUCCUUAUAUUUUAAAAAGGAUGCCUUUAAUUUGUCUGAUUUAAAUGCUUUAAAUGCCCUUCUUAUUUUUUAUUCGUCACUUGCCUUCCUACUAAGCUACAUUGUAUAGCUACAUUGUGUUUCAGUAUGUUUCUUUUACAUUUAUUACCCAAGGCUAUAUAAGGAGAAGUGUAAGGAAGGAGAAAAAGGUGGUAAAAUGACAAAGAGCACUCUGAUUGGCUUAAACCAGCCAAUCAGAGUGUUCUUAGCCUAAUUGCAGGGCGGGGCCACAAUGAUUAAACCCGAUAGAGACUCUUCAGACUUUCAGACACUAAGAGAAAUUCAGUGAUGGGUGUCGGAAUAUAGUAUGCUAAGGCCACGAAACAAGAGCAUAUGGUGGCCCUAACUGUUCUGUUUAAUAUGACCACAUAUUUCUGUACUUGGUUUCAUUCUCCCUUCAUAUCAGUGUCUUUUUCACUCCUUCUUCACCCCUGUCUAUAUGUAUAUAUGUUCUUUUUGUGUGUGUUUAAUUGGACUUCCCUGUCCCUGGCUCAUCUCAUUCUCUCCUGGAGUUUUUGUAUGGAUGGCUUCUUAACUCCAUGUUAGUUUGAUUAUUAUUAUUAUUAUUAUUAUUUUAUUAUUUAUAUAGCGCCAACAAAUUCCGUAGCGCUGUACAAUGGGUGGACUAACAGACACAUAAUUGAGAUCAGACCACUGACGUACAGGAACAGAGGGGGUUGAGGACUCUGCUCGAUGAGCUUACAUGCUAGAGGGAGUGAGGUAUAGUGACACAAAGGGUUAAAGUAGGGGAAUUAAAUAGUUUGUUACAGAAGGGUUUAUUGAGUGCUUGGCAGGUCAUUUUUGACAGGUGCAGGAAUGGAGUCGUGGGGUGGGGGAUGAGAAACCUGCUGACAGUUUAAUUGAUACGCUUUAAUGAAGAAGUGAGUUUUCAAAGAUUUUUUUGAAGGAAUGGAGGCUGGGUGAAAGUCUGAUUGAGGAGGGAAGGGAGUUCCACAGAAUAGGUGCAGCCCUGGAGAAGUCUUAAAGGCGAGCAUCAGAGGUGGGGAUCCGGGCAGAGGAUAGGCGUAGGUCUUGGGCUGAGCGCAGGGGUCUCGCCGGGACAUACUUGUGUAUGAGGGAGGAUAGGUAUGUUGGAGCAGCAUUAUGUAGGGAUUUGUAAGCAAGCGCCAGAAUUUUGAAUUGGGCCCUAUAUCUAACUGGAAGCCAAUGCAGGGACUGACAGAGCGUGGAGGCGUGGGAGGUGCGACCGGACAGGAAAAUAAGCCUUGCAGUCGUAUUCAUUAUAGAUUGCAGUGGUGCAAGCUGGGAACAUGUAAGACCAGUGAGAAGGGGAUUGCAAUAGUCAAGGCGAGAGAGAACAACAGCAUGAACCAGUACCUUAGCCGCGUCCGGCGUUGGAUAUGGGCGGAUGCGCGCUAUGUUCUUCAGUUGGAAGCGACAGGAUUUGGCUAUCGAUUGAACAUGGGGAGUAAAAGAGAGAUCAGAAUCAAAAAGAACCCCUAGGCAGUGAGCCUGGGAGGUAGAGGUGAUAGUAGCGCCGUUGACUUGGAUGGAGACGGGAGUAGCAGCACUUGAGGGAGGAAAAACUAGAAGUUCUGUUUUGGACAGGUUGAGUUUAAGGAAGUGGGCAGCCAUCCAAUUGGAAAUAGCAGAGAGGCAGUCAGAAACACGAGUCAAGGUGGGCGGAGAGAGAUCAGAGGAGGACAGGUAGAUUUGCGUGUCAUCUGCAUAUAAAUGGUAUUGGACGCCAAAAGAGCUGAUGAGUUUACCAAGGGAGGCAGUAUAGAUAGAGAACAGUAGGGGGCCGAGGACAGAACCUUGGGGGACGCCGACAGGGAGGGGUUGGGGAGAAGAGGCAGAGCCAGAGAAAGAAACACUGAAGGAGCGCUGGGAGAGGUAGGAGGAGCACCAGGAGAGAGCAGAAUCCCGUAGACCAAAGUUACGGAGAAUGUGAAGAAGCUGUUGAUGAUCAACAGUGUCAAAGGCGGCAGAAAGAUCAAGGAGGAUUAGGAUAGAGUAUUGGCCGCGAGAUUUAGCAGCAAUGAAAUCGUUGGAUACUUUGGUCACAGCAGUUUCGACAGAGUGACCAGCGCGGAAUCCAGACUGAAGGGGGUCAAGCAGAGAGUUAGAUUCAAGAAAGUCUGUUAAUCUGACGUAGACAACUCUCUCAAGGAUCUUGGAGGCAAAUGGCAGUAGCGAGAUAGGACCAUAAAACCAUAAAUGUUCAUGGUUUUAUCGAGUUCCUCUCAAAUGAAUCAUUAUGCUGAGUUUGGAGUUUUUUCCCAGCACCUCACAUCUUUAUUUUUGGCCUCGUAUACCUUAACUUUAAGUUGUGCCCCUCUCUCUUACCAGCUCACAAGCAAUGCACCGGCCUUCUGGACUUAUGAGCCUUAGCACAGUUACGGAGGGAGGAUAAGUUUGUUAUUUAUUGUAUACUACUUUAACUUAUAUUGCCAUAUGUGACUGUUGCUUUGCGUAAAACAAAAUAGAGAAGAAAAAAAAGAAGGGAAGAGAAAAAAAAGUAAAGAAAAAUAUGGAAAGAAAAAUUAGUAUUGUAUAUGGGAAAAUAAAAUAAAAAAAAAAAACUGUUAAAAAAUAAGAAAACAGAAAAUAAAGGCUAAAAAGAUGAGUGUUAUGAUGGGGGGCCUGCAGAUAGCCUUACUUACUCCAUGUUUUUGUUUAUUCUUUAGUCAUUCUGUAUGUUUGAACAUUUUGAUAGUGACAUUCUUUGGUCCUCUCUGAUUAAUAUCUCUAAGGGGGAGUCCGUCUCCACUGGUUGCCUUUCUGUAUUACUCCUUUUAAUUAGACAUGCAGUGAGGCAAUUGUUCCCCAAAUAUCUUUUCUUUAUUUUACGAUCAUACCACAUUUAUAUUGCUAUCUUUAUUUGGAGAUGAUGCCAAAUUGUUGUCUCUGGAGUUCCCACUUCUACCACUUCUACUAAUGGGUCAGAACCUGACCAUUAACUUUUGUAAACAUGCACUUAAUCUACAGAUUGAGGGGUGUAUUGUGCUGGGUUCCUUGUCUGCCUUAUCUUAUAAUUUGGGUCAUUAUUUAUGCUUCUUUUUUAUUUAUUUUGAUUUAUUCUUACUGUUUAGGAGAACUGCCUAUUAUUCUGUAUGGAUAAGGUGUCUUGCUUAUUCAUCUUUUCAUGAUACAUAUUAAAUCUGGUAUAUUUGCGCAACUACCCUUUACUUAUUUUCUGUUAGCGAUGACAUGGUUGUACUUACCCAGGUAGAGGAGGAUUAAGUUUGCCCUCAUUCUUUAAUUAUUACAGAUUCAUAUACCUUAUGAGACUUGUGGACUGGCAUUACAUUGCUUCUUCCAAGCAUUAGCUUAUUAUGGCUCAGAACUUUACUGGAAGACAAUUGUUUAUCUUAACUUGGCUAGCUAGCACUUCUCUGACACAUCAUGUGCAAUCCCAUCUGUUAAUGUCUGCUACAUUAAACUUUUGUUUUAUUGUAUGAUAUUCUCUUGCUCUCAAUGUCAUUAGAGGGUCCAUGACCCACUAGACUGCAGCCCUGAAAUCACAGACAGCUUACAUUCAAAGGGCUUUCCUGGGACUGAGCUCAAAUAACAUGGUACUAUAAUUUGUCAUAGGAGUCCUACCCAAACACACAAGAAAGUCGAAACUCACAAAAGGUGGCUCCAAAAGAUGUUUACCGAGCCUUAGAAUGGCCGAACUUAACACAUUAAUACAGCAAGAAACAAGAUCAAGAUAAAUCAAGACAAAGCUGAGUCAGUAUACCAGAAACCACAAGUCAAAUAUGAAUGCUACACAAUUCUAUUAAAAAAAUUAAAUCCAAAGAGAUUGAAUCAAGGAUUCUCAAAUACACCAUUUAUAGGCUACAGCUGCAUUAUUGAUUUAUCUGCAUAGGAUUAUUUCAUUUCAUAAAGAACUAUCAGUAUAUGGCCCACGAGGAGAUAUAAAUAGUCUUUUCUUUUUUUAAUUUUGUGUAUUUUUCAGCAUGUACCUUAUACAUUUUUUAUUUUUUUGGGCAGCCUACAUUGUUGAACUUAUAGGUAUUGGAAAUAGAACCAUGUUAGAAAUGUAUACCCGCUUUUCCUGUACAAAUCAUAGACGACUACCUCAUUUGGAUAGCAAUACAAAAUUACCCAGUAAAUCAUCCAGUGAAAAUUUGGAAUUUAAAAAUCUAAAAUCGCCAUUACUAUAUGGGUGGUAAAAAUAUGUGGACUUUACUGUAGUGGGACACAUAUGAUCUGUGAAAUUAACCGUAAAAUUUAAACACGUGUGAAAAGCACAAAAAAAAUUAAUAUUAUCCGAAGUUUGGGCUGGGUUGGUGAUGAAAUGGUUAGAUGAAAACAGUCAAAAUGCUUUUAGUUGAAGAAACAAACAACGGCCAUAAAUAUAAAUAUGUUUGUGUGUGUAAUAUGUUUAUAAGUGUGUGUGUAUAUAUGUAUAUAUAUAAUUUUACAUAGUGCCUCUGUUUCUCACACCUAAUACCAGUAUGGAACGACCCAAAGGAUUGAUGGCUGAUGGCACCAGCAGAUUUACCUGCAAGGGAAAAAAAAUAUAUAAUUUCCUAAACACCAGCACAUUUACUGAAUAUACUGUCAUUGAUGAAAUUGCAGCUGUUAAAAUUGAUGAAAACACAGCAUUGGAUAAUAUCUCUCUUAUUGGAUGUGGUUUUUCUACUGGUUAUGGUUCUGCUUUGAAUGCAGCCAAGGUAUGUCUGCUUGCUUGUUUGCAGUAGUGCAGCAACAGAUGACGUAUAUAUUGUAUACAGUUGUGCUCAAAAGUUUGCAUACGCCUGGUAACAUAUGUACCCCUUUUAAAGAAAACAUUAGUGAGCAGGCAAAACACAUUUUUUUUUCUUAUGGGAUUCUUAUUCAACUGUAGGAAUGGCACAAUCAUAAAACAAAACAUGGCAACAAAUUUUAAAAUUUUAAAUUACCCCUGUUCAAAAGUCUGCAUACUCUUAAUUCUUGUAAUACUGUGUAUUGCCCUCUUUAGCAUCAAUUGCAGCAUGCAGUCUUUUGUAAUAGUUGUCUAUGAGGCCCCACAUUCUUGCGGGUGGUAUAGUCUUUGGUCAUUUUGCAUGAACCACACGUUUAAGAUCUUCCCAGAGUGGCUCGAUGAUAUUAAGGUCAGGAGAUAGCCACUCCAGAACCUUUAUCUUUUUCUGCUGUAAUUACUGGAGUGUCAACUUGGCCUUGUACUUAGUGUCACUAUAAUUCCUGAAAGUCCAAAAGCAACCCAUGCGCAGCCUUCAUGCAUAGGAAUGCAAAUUGUCUACCAGUAUUUUCUGAUAAUAUGCUGCAUUCAUCUUGCCAUUAAUUUUUACAAGAUUCUCCAUGCCUUUAGAAACAUAGAAUGUGACGUCAGAUAAGAACCAUUCGGCCCAUCUAGUCUGCCCAAUUUUCAAAAUACUUUCAUUAGUCCCUGUCCUUAUCUUCUAGCUAGGAUAGCCUUAUGCCUAUUCCACGCAUGCUUAAACUCCUUUAGUGUUACCCUCUACCACGUCAGCUGGAAGGCUAUUCCAUGCAUCCACUACCCUCUCAGUAAAGUAAUACUUCCUGUUAUCAUUUUAAAACCUGUGCCCCUCUAACUUAAGACUGUGUUCACACCCCUCCAAAACACCAGUGAGCUAGCACCAUGUUUCACAGUGAGGAUGUAUUCUUUUCACUGUAGGGCUUGUUGACCCCUCUCUAAACAUAGCGCUUAUGGUUGUGACCAUAAAGCUCUAUGUGAGCUAUGUGAAGGUGUUGUCAUGUAUAUUGUAACAGGGAUUUUUUGUUGCAUUGGCGCAGUAAAGGCUUCUUUAUGGGAACUUCACCAUAUAGCUCAUUUUUGUUCAAGCAUCGUCGUAUUGUGCUCUAUGAGACAACCACACCAUCUUUUUCCAGAGCAGCCUGUAUUUUUCAUGAGGUUACCUGUGGGUUUUUCUUUGUAUCCCGAAUAAUUCUACUGGCAGUUGUGGCUGAAAUUUUUCUUAGUCUACCUGACCUUGAUUUGGCAUCAAGAGAUCCCUGAAUUUACCUCUUAAUAAGUGAUUGAACAGUACUGACUGUCAUUUUCAAGGCUUUGCAUAUCUUUGUAUAUCAUUUUCCAUCUUUAUAAAGUUCCAUUACCUUGUUACGCAGGUCUUUUGACAUUUCUUUUCUGCUCCCCAUCGCUCCGUAUCUAGCCUGCUCACUGCAUCCUUGUGAGAACUUACAGACUCAUUGAUUAUUCAUACGCAGAUAGUAAUUGCAAUUUAAAAAGCCUCAUUUAAUUGCAAUUUUAACCUGUGUGUGUCACCUUGUGUGUUUGUAACAAUGCCACACAUUCAAGGAUAUGUAAACUUUUGAUCAGGGCCAUUUAGAUGAUUUCUGUUAUGACUAUGAUUUAAAAAGGAGCCAAAUACCUAUGUGAUAAUAAAUGGCUUCAUAUGAUCGCUAACCUCCAAUAAAAUAUUUUUUUUGCAUGAUCAGUCAUAUUUUCAAAAUCAAUGCCAAAAUUUCACAAUUUCUGCCAGGUUAAAUUGCCAGAAAAAUAUAGCUAAAUGUUCAUAGAGUAGAAAUCUUAUUAUAAAUUCCUCAAUUCAUAAUAUGAGCCAAUAUAUUCUUUCGAUUCAUUGAUCCCCAGCAAUAGAUCACCAAUUCAUUGUUUGCACACCAGCCAUAUUCCACCUUGAUCCGACUAUUAUUAGUAUUUUUUAUUUAUUUAUUUACAGACUAUUUCUUCCAAAUACAACCUCCAUAAUAUUAACCCAAUUUAUUGCUCCCAAGCAACCUGGUUUAAGCAUACAAGGGAUAUGUAUAAGGGUAUGCUAGCCUUAAGAUAAGGCCAGGGACUAAUUAAAGUAUUUAGAAAAUUGGGCAGACUAGAUGGGCCAAACGGCUCUUAUCUGCCAUCACAUUCUAUGAUUCAUAGUUCCAGUUUCUCUUUUAUUAGACUUAUGAGUAAAAUCUCUCACUGUAGUUUGAGAGUGAUUUCUUCUAGUAAGGUUAUAAGGUAAUGUACAUCAAAUAUAUGUUACCUUCAUCUUGGAUUACUUAGACUUAUUUUCACUUUCAAAAGAAUCAUGACCUAAAUGUCACUAAGCAAUGAAUAGCAUAGAGAUUUCUAUAGAACUCACUCUUUUCUAUAUUUUGUGCAGGUACAUCCAGGGUCUUCAUGUGCUGUGUUUGGUUUGGGUGGUGUUGGACUUGCUGCUGUCAUGGGCUGUAAAGCAGCUGGUGCGUCCCGUAUAAUUGGAGUGGAUAUUAAUAAGGGCAAGUUUGGCCUGGCUAAAGAAUUAGGAGCAACUGAGUGCAUCAACCCCAAAGAUUACGACAAACCUAUCCAGCAGGUUCUUGUAGAGCAGACUGGUGGUGGUUUGGAUUAUGUAUUUGAAUGCAUUGGGGACACAGAAACUAUGGUAUGUGGAGCUAACAUAGCCCUGAAUAAUAUAAUGGUCUAAUAUCUAAUGCCGGAAAAAUGCGUUAAAAAUAAGAUUAACGAUACGAUUUUACAUCCUAUAUUCCACUUCAAAUAUUCUGCUAAGAAAAUAAUUACUUGCUUGAUAUUUAAGAAGGUUCUUUUACAAAAUCAAAGCAUUGUAUGGACAUAUUUAAUGUUUGUAUUCACAACACCAAAUCCAUCAUUGAACCAAAGUAUAUCUCAGAAAGUUGCUAGAUGGAAUAGGUUCUUUUACCCCUUCUGUCCAACAACGGAGUUUAAAGCGGCACUGUCAUGGUUGCAUCCAUUUUUUUUAACCGCCACUCCCGACUCCACAUCUAUUUUCGCCCCUACACACACCCAAAUGCCCCUAGGCAUAUUACCUUUUUUAAUCUUUAUUUUGUGGCCGGACCUAGGUCCUGGGUGCCGCCAUCUUUGUGUGGGUAGAUGAAGGCCCUGUGGGCACAUCAUCUGCCCACACUAGAUAGCAUUGUAAAAUUACCGGGCAUGCCCAGUUAAACAUUGUCUGAAUUUUGGACGGGAAGUUUGUAUAUUCAUUCGUCAGAAAGACGAAUGAAUAGAAACAUCUGACGAACAAACAAACACAGAAUAUCGGUGUUCGUUUGUUUGUUCGUUUAGUUUAUUACAAGGAGGGAGCUAGCAGCAAGCAGCUCCCUCCUUGUAAUAUUUAAACAUAGAAGCAGCAGGAAGCAGUGCUACCCGCCACUUCCUAAGCCCCCCCCCCAUGUCCUCCUUUACUCUAUGGGGGUCAACAUAGCACAAGGGAGACUGAAAUCUCCAGAAUGCCCCUACUCGCUAGGCCAGCGUAUUGUGGCAUGUCUAUUAAACAGUGAGCAGCCUGUGGCUACUAACUGUUAAAAAAAAGUGUUAUUUUGGUGGCAUCUAUUAACUAGCAGUGGAGAUAAAGUGUCCCCCCCAAGAGCCCAACAGUGCCCCGCGAGUGGGGGCUAUUCAACUAAAUGGUGGACAUAGGGCCCUAAAUGACAAUAGGGGAGACCUAUUUUCUUCCCCCCCUCCACCCAUGAGCGGUAGGUGGGGGCUCUAAAUGACAAUGGGGGAGACCUAUUGUCCUACCCUCUGACUCAUGAGCAGCAGGUGGGGGCCAUAAAUUACAAUAAGAGGGGAUCUAUUAUCCCCCCCAGUUCUCACCCAUGAUUGUCGGGUGGAGGCCUUAAAUUACAAUAUGGGGGAAGUAUUCUCCCCCCAGGCCCCCACUCAUGAGUGGCGGGUAGGGACCCUAAAAGACCGUGGGGGGGACCUAUUGUUUCCCCCCCACCACCCCCACCCACGGGCGACAGGUGAGGGCUAAAUGAAAAAAACAAAAAACCUCCCUGCAGGUGACUAGGGGGCCCCAAGCCCCUAGACAUCCCCCACACCCAAAAAAAUUAAAUAAAGCCCUAACUAUUCCCCUCACCCUAAAAACGAGUGGGAAAUUCUAUUUUGAUAUGAAUAUAGAAACUUUAAAGGUUGAUUUGUUAUGACAGAAUUAUGAAAAUGUUAUUGAAUUGAAUGAAAGAGGCAGAUAUAUUACCACGUCAUACUUAAAAUGAAGGAAUAAAAAUUAAACUGUAAUUAUAGUGUUAAGCUUUCCACUUAAAUGUUAUAUUUGCAUUUCUUCCAUUCCUCCUUUUUGCAUCAUAAAUAGAAAUGUAGUACUUACUUUUACUCCACAGGUCGCAGCUAUAAAUUCCAGCCACCAUGGCUUUGGAACAACUGUGAUCGUUGGUGUAUCUGCAGCAAACAAAACUAUCACGUUUGACCCAAUGAUCUUUCUUACUGGACGUACACUAACAGGAUCUGUUUUUGGAGGUAUAAUUAAUUAUUGGGGAGUUAUUACAUGUGUAUUACUACUACUAACAUUUUUUAAUAGUUUAAUAAUUUGCUUUUGCAACUGUCUCAUGUUAUAUUAAUAAGGCUGACAGUACUUGUAGGGUAAACUGAAAAAAUCUCUAUGAAGGGCUUCAUUUUUUUUGGCAGCAGACUAAGCUAGGCAUAUGUUCAUGGUAAAGACUGCAAGUGACAAAAGUUGGUUGCAUUGUGCAGAUUUAUUCUACGAGAAGCAGAAUUACUAAACUGAGUGCCCACUGGAGUUAAUGGAAGUCUUUUCCAGGCUAAAAUCAUGAGAAACAUAAAAAUAGAAACAUCAGUUAAAGGACAGGAUUAAUUGCAUUUAGGAUUUAACUUCAGGCCUCCCAACUAUCCCAUUUAUGAUGAGUCAGUCCCGAUUUUAGGGCCCUGUCCUGUGAGCCGCUUUUAGGGACACCAGAGAACUGACAUGAAAAAUCAUAGUGCAAACACAUCAUUAGAUGCAGUUGCUCCAUGCUAGGACCAUUCGAAGAGCACUAAAACAAAUAAACUGGCCUUUGUGAUUAGCAGACAUCCUGGCGUGCAUUCAUGCCAGUCUGAGCUGCUAGUUCUUUAGGUUUACCCACUCAUAUUUUGGAUGUGUCCAUCCUUUUUGGGCAGCACAAGUGGUGCAAUUUGUUUCACUGGCCCACCUCCUUUCAGCAUCCUGAUUCACACACCGAUGUUGGGGGUCAUUGGACUCUGAAGCAUCCUACUAAUCAAAGCUGUAACGUGAAGCCAUGCAGUGUUAGUAGAGCUGAUAAUUCAAAGGGUUUCCCCAAAGCAUGUACUUUUUAUACUUAGAGUACUGUUUACUGAGAUUUGGGACGUUAUCAUUGAACACAAAUGUCUGUGGCAAUCUACCACCAUGCAGACCAAAAACGAAAUGUGAAAUGCAAUCCAAACACAUGCAGUUUGAGUCUCAAAAUAUAUGAUGCUAAUGAGUUUUUAAAGUGAUUUUCAAUUUAUAACAAAAUAUGUGCUUUUUAGGUUGGAAGCCAAAGGAUUCUGUCCCUAAACUGGUUCAUGAUUACAUGGAAAAAAAGUUUGAUCUGGACAAGCUGGUGACACAUAGACUACCUUUUGAAAAAAUCAAUGAAGGAUUUGAUUAUUUGCGUAAAGGAAAAAGGUAUUUAUUUCUGCAUUGUAGUUUAUUGAUAGACAGGAGCAGAACCCAAAGCAUGCCCUACUUAUUGUUUGUUACUGCAAACUAUUAAUCAUAUUUUAAGGUGUAGCAUGCAUGUGUAGCAGUUUAAAAGAAACACUCCAUUACCAUAAAACGUUGACUGAUUUAUGCUGUUAUAGAGCAGGAGUGUCUGGACGCCAUCUUAUCAUCAGAUGAUACUCUCAACUUAUCAUAGGCAUCCCACUUAGAGAAAUAGUAUAGUUAAACAUUCUACAGUUGAGGAAGGCUGCAGUGUUGGCACCAGAGUCCCGAGUUUGGAGUUAAACCAUUGCAAAGCAGUUAACCCCUUAAUGUAAGGUGGCGCCUGGACACUCCAGUCCCCAUGACAACUCAAUAACCUGAAGUUGUUAUAAAGGUGGGUGUGCUCCUUUAAAUUUAAAUUAAUCAAAUAUUAUUUAGAUGUGUACAAGUGUCUCAUUACUAAAAUUAUUGAUAAUGAGAAUUAAUUUUAUUAGCAUUGUUAUUAUUAUUAAUAGCAUAAUUACAAACAAAAUAAUGCUGACAGAAACAAAAAUAAAAAUGGCCCACACAAACAUAACUAAUCUAGAAACAUAUUACUGUUAACAGUUUACAAAACUCAAUAUUUUCCAGCAAGCAGAAGGUGAAAACGCCACAUAAAGUACUAAAAAUCAAAGCCUUACAGGUGAAACUAAAUAAAAACGUCUAAUAAAAAAAAAUACAUUACUGGUUCACUCUCAAGGAAUCAAGGGAAUAAAAUAGGGCUAUAUAGUACAGUAAAGACUAACAUGCUACAGAAAGGAAAUAUAAGAUAGCUUAAAGGGACACUAUAGUCACCAGAACAACUACAGCUUAUUGAAUUUGUUCUGGUGAGUAGAAUCAUUACCUUCAGGCUUUGUGCUGUAAACACUGUCUUUUCAGAGAAAAUGCAGUGUUUACAUUACAGCCUAGUGAUAACUUCACUGGCCACUCCUCAGAUGGCUGUUAGAGAUCCUUCUUGGGUCAUGGCUGCCUAAAAUGCAUCCAAACAUUCAGUGUCUCCUCCCUCUGCAUGCAGACACUGGACUUUCCUCAUAGAGAUUCAUUGAUUCAAUUCAUCUAUAUGAGGAGAUGCUGAUUGGCCAGGACUGUGUUUGAAUCAUGCUGGCUCUGCCCCUGAUCUGCCUCUUUGUCAGUCUCAGACAAUCCUAUGGGGAAGCACUGUGAUUGGAUCAGGCUACCACCUCUCAUGAUGUCAGCAGACUGCUUGUUUUUUUUUUUAGGCAAACAGCAUGCAGAUUUACAGCUUCUGGCUUGAAUACAGUAAGAUUUUGCUAUAUUUAUGGAGGCAUGAGGGGUUCAGGGGGGCUAGAUGUUGGUUUUAAUGCUAUAGGGUAAGGAAUACAUGUUUGUGUUCCUGAUCCUAUAGUGAUCCUUUAAAAUCUACCUCUAGAUGUCAGUGUAUAGCACUGCUAGCAAAAUAGGAGCAGGAGAAAUAAACCUAUUUUACUGGAAAUAAUAGAGGAUCGCUAAUAAUAGAUUUCCUAAUGAUGAUGUCUAUCUAUCACUUCAAAAACGAAAUUAUCUGAAAUCACAAGAGAGUACAGCACACACACACAUAUAUAUAUAUAUAUAUAUAUAUAUAUAUAUAUAUAUAGCAAAAAGAGCUACAUCCUACUAAAGAAAUUGCAUGAUCAGAAGAUACUCCAUAGACACAAGACAGGUUGCAUAUCUCAAUACCUCAAUUAAAAUUAUCAUCAUCAAAAUCAACACUAUGUUUGUAAACUGGCAGCUGAAAUGUUCUGCAUUUGUAUUCCCACUUACUAGGCUUUUCAGAGGGAAGUGAAAAUGUAUUCAAAUGAAUUAAAAAGAUAGGAAAAAAAUCAAACAAAGCAAGUGGAUAUUUCCCAUUGAAAAAUAGAGAGGGAGUAGGGGAUUACGAUUUAAAUAGCACUCAGUCUGGAUCAAGGUACACCAACCCCUCAAUGUACAAAAAAAAUAAUAUCCAACUAAAAUAUUUAGUAAGAUUGCCAUAAGCCAAUAUAUAGAUAAUACAAUGAAAUACGAUAGAGAUAGCAGCAAGUGGCUAAAAAUAAAUUCAAUACGAAGAAUACAAUUAACAAUAUCAUAGUUAGUAUACAUAAAAAUACACAUGUAAAAAAUAUUUCAAUAUCAGUUGGCUAAUAGAGGACAGGAAAGUGAUAAAAAAUGGCGCUGGUGAUCAAGUAGUGCUGCUGUGAACCGUGGAAUCAACCACUAAAUCCCACCAAAUACAGAAAAGGAUAAAACAAAAGAAGGUUCAGCGCUCUACUAAUAAACAAUACAGGUGCACAGUGUACUAUAAGUGCAAUAAACAAAGAAAACACAUACACUUAAAAUGGACUUUAUCCACAGAGAUCACUAUAAAACAUAAAGCCUCACAUAGGCAAUAUAGUCUGUAUGAUAUCCACACUGUAUUAAUAUGUUUGUAACAUCCUACUCACAUGUUAAUGAUAGCAAAAACAAACAAAGAUAUAAGGAUGCGCCUAAAACUUAAAACUAUGAUAAAAUAUAGGACUAAAUUAGUCAGAUAAAAUACAGAAUAAAAUAAGUGAUAAAACAAUAGUCCAAUAAAAUAGGCUUAUCACAGUCCGUGAGGGUAGGUCCCACUUGUAAAGGAAUAUUCUUUAGGGUGUAGAUGGGAUCGUAUCUUCAAAUGUUGAAAAUUCAGCAUAUGUGGAGAGAAAAAUAAAAACAGGACUCCAAUGGCACAGUAAAUCAGUAUAUAAAAUAAAUAUAAAAGCAUAAAAUCAGUCUUACUCACACUUUUCAGAGCUAGGAUCAGCUCUGAUAUUGCUCGCGUAAAGUGGAAUGACCCCCACUUCAAGGAUAUAUGGAGUGAAUUUUGAUAGUUGAAUAUCUGACGUGGAUUCAGCGUUCAAUUUGACGUAAUACGACCCAGAGGAAAAAAUGAAAUAAAAUAUAUAGUGCUCACUGUAUGUAAUCCAAAAUUAAAAGUAAAGUAAAGUAUACUACUCACGUAAAGUAGAGCAGACUCAAAACUGCUCAGUGAAGGCGCUCGGGUGGUAUAAUCCCCACCUAUGGAUUCUUUGCACUUCCUGCAGGGUGAGCCGUAUACGUAAAAUCAAAUAAAAGAAAAUGUAUCUAAAAUCAGGUAAAGGAGAAAGCAAAUGGCAAUAAAGUAUUUUAUGCCAAUAAAAUAUCUUUAUUAUAAAAUUAAGAACAAAAUCUAUUAGUAUCUAAACACGUUUCGCCUUAACAGGCUUCUUCAAGUAGAUAGUAGGAAAGAGGGGGGGCAUACCUGACAUACAUAAGCUUAUAUAGUGUGUAAUAGUACUUUAAAUUUAAAAUUCCCGCCAAAAUGACGUCAUAAAAUUAGCAUAUAGAUAAUACAGGGAAGUUAUUAUAAAACAGUUAUUGCACACAUAAAAUUAACAAUACAAUGAUAAAAAGCAUAUUUGCAUUAUUUAAAUAUUAAAACGAAGGUUAUAAUUUACUUUUUAAAUAAAAAAAGACCGAUCACGUGACGCGCGAUAAGAAGUACUUCCGCGUCACGUGAUGCUCUGUGGAACGCAUGCGUCAUUAAGGCAUAUAGUAUAAAGGGGAGCUGUCUGGCCUCACUCAAAGUGGAGAAGAUAAGAGGUGGAGCCGUUUAUAUACAAGAGCAGGCAGGCGGCUGUGGCAAGCAGCCUUCUUCAGGUGCAUGUUCCAGUUGGCUGAUGUUUUACAGAUGCUAUAUUUUACAGCAUGUUGAAUUAAGACAGUAAUAGUAUUUUUUAAAUGGUUUGUAAGAAAGUGUGUAGCUAUUUUAUGUUGGACCUAAGUGUCCAGUCGGACUUCUAUUUGUUAGAUUAUGUCGUCCUAUGCAGCCAAUAACAAAAAAAAAAACAGAAACAUUAUUGUUUACAUGUGUGUCCUACGAUGCUGCACUUUAAUUCUGGCUUUACAACCAAUAAAAGUUAAUUCACAAAAACAUGUAAAAUAAAUAGGAUAAAUAUAAUAAGCAAAAGUUGGGCAAACUACCAAUGUUAAAAGGCUAAAAGUCUAUUAGAAUAAAGUCCACAGAAAAUGUAGCAAUAUGGAUCUGAAUACUGAUGCAACAUGCAAUGUUGCAAAAAUGUAACAAUCAGACCUCUUUGGUCAAUUCUAUAGUAGUUGGUAUUUGGUCAGGGAAGCCAAAGAUCACCUGAAAUUAGAAAAAAAGAUCCAUAGUGCCCAUUAUAUAUAUAUAUAUAUAUAUAUAUAUAUAUAUAUAUCUUUAUUAUCAAAUGGAAUUAAAACACUCACAUUGAUACUGUAAUGGAGAGCCACAUAGGGGUUAGCCCCGACAUGGAAGUCAGCCUUACAAUUCGUUGAUUGAUCUUGAGCCUGGUCAAGAGGGAUAGGAGCUGCAGUCAACCCACCAUACAGACCAGUGUCAACGGCCGAACUGGGAAGCAUUGGGAGGCUUUAUUAUUAAAUAGAAUUAAAACACUCACAUCGAUACUGUAAUGGAGAGCCACAUAGGGGUUAGACUCCGACGUGGAAGUCAACCUUACAAUUUGUUGAUUGGUCUUGAGCCUGGUCAAGAGGAAUAGGUGCUGCAGUCAACCCACCAUACAGACCAGUGUCAACGGCCGAACUGGGAAGCAUUGGGAGGCCAGUGCACAUGUGUGGCACUGUAAAAAUCAGCAUCUCUUCAGUUUCAGUUUCAGAGAAACUGCUAUGUUUAUAAAUGGGUUAAUCCAGCCCUCAAAGCCUAUAGUGGCUGUCACUGUGUGAAAAUCACAGUGAGAACACGCAAGCAUCCAUAGGAAAGCAUUAUGAAUGCUUUCCUAUGAGACCGGCUGAAUGCGCGUGCAGCUCUUGCCGCGCGUGCCCAUUCAGCCGAAUGGGAGGAGAGGAGGAGGAUCGGAGGCGGAGAGCUCCCCGCCCAGUGCUGGAGAAAGGUAAGUUUUAACCCCUUUACCCAGAGCACGGUGGGAGGGGGACCCUGAGGGUGGGGGCACCCUCAGGGCACUAUAGUGGUCCUUUAACCACAGAUGUUAUAUGUAGCUUCUUAAUCAUUUUUAAAAAUAGAACCAUACUAUAAAUUUCAGAAAAGUUAAGAGUAUCCUACCUUUUUGGUUUGAGUUGAAUGAGGGGAUUGAAGUUUGAACAUUUUUUUAUCAAAUAGGAACAUCCAGUAUUGGAGAUACCAAUAAUAUUAUACUCAUAAUGCCACCUCUUUAGCAUCCUAUAUGUCCUUUUUUGCAUGUUUCAGCAUGUAAUGUUAGCCUUUGUCCAAAAAAAAAUAUCUUUAACUCAUUCAAAGUUGUUAAAAUUGGUAGUGUGAAAAAACAACAACAUAUGAGCAUUAGUUUAAAGUUGUAAAGGUUGAAAAUCUUAACUUUAACUCACACAAAGGUAUUCUCUCUUAAGUGCCUAAUUAGUCAAAACAUGUGUCAUGCUUGUCUACAAACAUAGGAUAGUGCUGAUUGGAAUGAAUUUACUGAGAUACAGAUGGUCUUCCUCAUCUAGCACAGUACAAUUUGUUCUUUAGGAUAGCUGAUAUUGCAGUUUACAAAUUGUUUCAUCUACACAUUAUUUAUAUAUAUAUAUAUAUAUAUAUAUAUAUAUAUAUAUAUAUAUAUAUAUAUUUAUUUUCAUUUUCUGUUCUCGUGAUUUUAAAAUAUUUAGUUUCGAAAUGAUAAGUAGAUUGAUUGUUAUAAGAGACUAUAAUUUGCAGUACAACAUACUGUUUUUUUUUUUUUAUCUGUCUCCUAUCACAAUUGUAGCACUCUACAGUAUACUUUAUGCUAGGGGUAGAUUUUCAGCCAUCCUAUGCCUUAUUUUUUUACGCUGUGUAGCUCACUAUUUAAUUAAAAUAUAAAUACAUUGCUUCUCUAUCACUUAAACAAGGAAAUAAAAUAAGACUUACACCCUUGCAGUAGUACAUUUCUUUUCAUUAUAACAUUAUACGUUGUAUUUUUUCCUGGCAAACCUUUUCUAGUAUAACUGUUUAUUAUAAAGGUCACCCCCUUGUGUUUAUUCAACACAACAUAGUGUUUAGUUAAUAAACACUAUAAUCUUAGAUUAGUACUUUGCCCUUAAUUCUGGUUAUUAAAUCAUAAAUUGUGUGGCACAGCAAGCACCCUUUGAUCCAGGAGUGGUUGCUGAUGGGGGGGAAACAUAUUGCAUUAUGCAAUGUGCACAAUUAAAAUAUUUCAACCUACAAUGAACCAAUAACAAUCAGCUUAAUCCCAAUCUGGUCUGUGUUAAUUAAGGGAGCACUAUAGGGUCAGGAACACAAACAUGUAUUCCUGACCCUUUAGGGUUAAAACCACCACCUAGCCCCCUGGUUCUCUCAUGCCUCCCUAAAUAUAGUAAAAUGUUACCGGUAGCUGCUUACAUGUCCGUGUUUCCAUUAGACCUGCCCACUGCCUGCUGACAUCAGCAGAAAUGGUUACCUAUUCCAAUCACAAUGCUUCCCCAUAGGAUUGGCUGAGACUGACAAAGAAGCAGAUCAGGGGCAGAGCCAGCACAAUUCAAGCACAUCCCUGGCCCAUCAGCAUCUCCCCUUAGAGAUAAAUUGAAUCAAUGAAUCUCUAUGAGGAAAGUUCAGUGUCUGCAUUCAGAGGGAGGAGACACUGAAUGUUUGGAUGCAUUUUAGGCAGCCAUGACCCAGGAAGGAUCUCUAACAGCCAUCUGAGGAGUGGCCAGUGAAGCUAUCACUAGGCUGUAAUGUAAACACUGCAUUUUCUCUAAAAAGACAGUGUUUACAACAAAAAGCCUGAAGGUAAUGAUUCUACUCACCAGAACAAAUUCAAUAAGCUGUAGUUGUUCUGGUGACUAUAGUGUCCCUUUAAAUCUUCAGUAAAUUAGAGCACAAUUGUCCUAGUAUUUACCAUCAUCAGAAUCAUGUUAAAGUGCAAGUAGUAGAUUAAAAGCCAAUAUAUAUAUGGACUCAAUUGUUAUUGUAAUAAAUACUGUCAUUGCUCCUACUAGCCAUUAGAAUUUCUGCAUCAUUACUUGACGCUACAUUUUAUUUUACUUUGCAGCAUUCGGACAAUCUUGAGAUUUUAAAAAUCAGAUCAACAGAGUUGCUUCUACAAACGUCUUACCUUUCAAAACCUGGUCAAUUUAGGAAUCUGAAUAUAUGCUUAUAAAAAUUAUAUGCUGUUUGCAAACAAAUAAAAGACACAUUUUGUGAUUUUA